CUAAAGCGCAAUUGUCGCCUCCGAUACAGCCGAGUGGCGAGUGACUGUCAUGGCGGCGCCCAUCGAGACGAAAGAAGAGCACAUAACAGCGUCGAAUCGGGACUGAAAGCCCUUUUAUUCAGCGACGAUGCUGCGGGUGACCAAGCUGGCGUCGCGCGUCGCCGCUCACCGGCCGUGGCGUCGCCCCGUGUGCGGCGGCACCCCUCUGCUGGCUUCCGACAAGGUGAAAGGUCAGAAGAAGGAGCGGAAGCCUGAGCCCAAAGCCGAAAAACAGGAAGUGGAGAUAAGGCGGACCAUGACGGUGGAGGCCCUGGCGCGAGCUAUGAACAGACACGAGGAUGACGUGUUGGAGGCUCUGGUGAACACGGCGCUGGACGUUUCAUCUUUGCACUCGCGCUCCGUGCUGGAGGAGCGUUGGAUCAAGGAAGCGGUGAAGCUCUCGGGGAUGAAGUUCCGCUGGGAGAAGCUGAGCGAGCCGCCGCCGCCGCCGCGCCAAGACAGAGACGCCGUGCCCGGACCUCCCGACGAGGCCGGUCGGAUGGCGCCGCGCCCCCCGGUGGUGACCGUCAUGGGUCACGUGGACCACGGCAAGACCACGCUCUUGGACGCCCUGCGUAAAAGUCAAGUGGCCGCCUCCGAGGCCGGCGGCAUCACGCAGCACAUCGGAGCCUUCGGAGUGGAGUUGCCGACGGGCGAGCGGAUGACCUUUCUGGAUACGCCCGGGCACGCCGCCUUCUCGGCCAUGAGGGCCCGCGGCGCCCUCGCCACCGACAUCGUGGUCCUGGUGGUGGCCGCGGACGACGGCGUCAUGACGCAGACGGCGGAGUCCAUCCGCCACGCCAAGUCGGCCGGAGUCCCCGUCAUCGUGGCGAUCAACAAGUGCGACAAAGCCGACGCCGACCCCGAGAGAGUGAAGCGGGAGCUGCUGGCUCACGACGUGGUGUGCGAGGACCUGGGCGGCGACGUCCAGGCCGUCCCCGUGUCCGCCCUGACGGGCCACAACCUGGGGGCGCUGGCCGAGGCCGUGGCCGCGCUGGCCGAGGUGCUGGAGAUCAAGGCCCGGCACGACGGCGCCGCCGAGGGCCUCGUCAUCGAGAGUCGGACCGACAAAGGCAAAGGCCCCGUGACGACGGCGCUGGUCCAGCGGGGGACGCUGCGGCGCGGCUGCGUGCUGGUGGCGGGCAAGACCUGGGCUAAGGUCCGCUCCCUGACGGACGAUCGCGGUCGCUCCCUGGAGGAAGCCCUGCCCGGGACAGCGGCAGAGGUGGUCGGCUGGAGGGAGGCGCCCUCUGCCGGGGACACCGUCCUGGAGGUAGAGUCGGAGCGACGAGCGCGCGAGGUGUCGGAGUGGCGCCUCCACCGGGAGGCGUCGGAGCGUUUGACGGAGGAGGAGAGCGUCGUAUCGGCCGAGCGCCAGCGCCACCGCGAAGCCUACGAGGAGGAGCGGGCGCGUUUGGCGCACUUGACCUGGCGCCAGAGGAGAGUGCUGCUGUACCGCCGAGACAAGACGGCCUUCGCCCGCCGGCCCUCCGAGAAAACCGGGGCUCCCGAGGGUCCCCGACUGGCGCUGGUCGUCAAAGCGGACGUGGACGGCUCGCUGGAGGCCAUCGUGAACAUCUUGGACACCUACGACGCCGAGAAUCAGUGUCAGCUGGACGUGGUUCACGUCGGCGUGGGUGACAUCUCCGAAACUGAUGUCAACAUGGCGCAGACAUUUGGAGGCAGCGUUUACGGCUUCAACGUGUCGGCGAGCAAGUCUGUCCUGCGGACGGCGGCGCGUCACGACGUCCCUGUCAAGACUCACGCCGUCAUCUACAAAAUGAUGGACGAGUUGAAGGCCGACAUCAGCGGGCGGCUGCCGCCGCGGGUGACCCACGAAGUCCUGGGCGAGGCGGCGGUGCUGGCCGUCUUCGACGUGACCGCGGCGGGCAAGAAGAAGACGGCGGUGGCCGGCUGUCGCGUGCUGAAAGGCCAACUGGAGCGCAAGAUGAAGUUCCGCCUGCUUCGAGGGGAGGACGUGCUGUGGGAAGGUGGCCUGCUGGCGCUCAAGCAUCACAAAGACGACGUGAGCACCGUCAAGUCGGGCACAGAGUGCGGCCUCUCGCUCGACGGGGAAGCGGCCUUCCAGCCCGGUGAUGUCAUUCAGUGUUUCCGGGAAGCCGAGGUCCCGCAGGUCACCGCCUGGGACCCUGGAUUCUGAGCCCGGGCCCCCACAACUUCAGCGACUCUCCGAGUCGGGUGUGCUCGCGGAGUCGCCGUUCUGCAACGAAUCGCCGCCGGAGGCCGCGCUCGCUCCACCGGUAUCGGGCUCCGCCUCCUGCCCGGGCUCUUCCGCGGACUCCGCAUCGCUGUCGGAGCUCAGGUCGUCCAAUCCGGUCCUGUUCGCGAGACGGCAGACGUUAGCGUCCUUCGGGACGCGGUCGACGUUCCGACUCACCAGGAACACGCCCCCUCGGUCUUCCGCUUUUUGACGGGAGGUUCUCGGCAAGAAGGGCCCGCUCGCGAAGCGGACGCCGCUUGCAAACCUGCAAGUGUCGCCACGUGAGCAAUGAACUCUUCAUCCGCAGACACAUUUUAAGCACGUCAUGCAAAAACUGUUCAUCGACGAAAUGAAAUAAACAACAACGGACAAACCUUUGAGCACGGAGUCCUCUAGCCUCUCGGCCAGGGUGUGGCACUGGCGUUGGUACUCGGGGUCGCUGAACUCGUGCUGGGGUCGGGCCGUUUUCCUGCGCAAGCGUUCGGCCCGCCGCUCCUCGCGCUCUGCCUCGCGCUCCGCCUGCUGCUUCAGCCACUCGCCCAUCCUAAGAGCACACGUUAGCGGCCUUAGGUCCCGCACCGUUUACGGCGGGUUAACCAAAUGACUUGAGGUGUGCAUCGGCACUGCCCUCACGAUUCGAUUCGAUUCGGCAAUGCAUCGCGAUGCAUUAAAGCCUGGGAUGCAUUAAAAUUCUAAAGCAAAGCAUAUUUUUCGUGAAUCUUGAGGCAACACAAGCGGUCAGACAUUAAACAACUUUUUAUUGGCUCUUGUGUCACGCCUGGUUGAAGUCAGAUGAAAAUACUUUCAGAUAUAUAUAUAUUAAAACAAAAUAGAUGACAGCAUUUAAUCAGUGCUUUGAAUGAGACCAGGGCUUUUUUUUUUUUUUUUUUUACACACAGUAGCAGCCUUUCACAUAGUGCAACAUCUGAACUCCUGUGCAAAAUCAGUAAUAACGGUUGCUGUAUUUUAGUCACAACGACCUAUCAAUAAAAAUAUUCAAGUUAAUAUUAAAGAAAACAAAAAAGAAAAUAUUGUAGUGCAGCAGCAUCUUUAUCGCAAUCUCAAUCCAGGGAUCAGUUCAUUUGCAAACAAAACUAAAUUGCAAUGUAGAACAAAAGUAAAAUGUAGGCCUAGCCCACUAUAUAUGUGCAAUAGAGGUUAGAUCGGGCCUAAAAAAAUCCAGCCCGACCCGGCCCGAGCCCGAUCAAUUAAAUAGAUUUGCAGGCCCAGCCCGAAAAACCCGAAAUUUAUUUAUUUUAUUUUUUUUUGGGAGUGACGCGGGGGGAAAAAAUGCAGCAGCAGCAAUUUAUUUUCAUUUCUUCAGUUGGCAGAAAAAACACAAGUUUUCUUAAUGUUUAAAUAGUCUACAUAUUUUUAUGAUCAUUAUAAAAGCAUUUACACAACGAAAUAACACUGGGAAAGUUUAAUACAAAAAAAAAAAACAUGCGGUUUUGCAGACACAAGAAGAUUCAAAAGGAUCACAUUUGUGUUGCCUUUGUGUGCAUAAAUAAAAGUUUUUUGUAACGAAUUCUCAGUUGGCAGGAAAAAAACCAAGUUUCCUAAAUGUUUAAAUAGUUACAUAUUUUUAUGAUUAUAAAAGCGUUUACACAACGAAAUAACACUGGGAAAGUUUUAUAUAAAAAAAAUAAUUAAAAAAAUAAAAAAAACAUGCGGUUUUGCAGACACACAGAGAAGAUUCAAAAGGAUCACAUUUCUGUUGCCUUUGUGUGCAUAAAUAAAAGUGUCCUUCGUAACGAAUUCAGUUGGCAGUAAAAAAAACGCAAGUUUCCUAAAUGCUUAAAUAGUUACAUAUUAUGAUCAUUAUAAAAGCAUUUACACAACCAAAUAACGCCGAGAAAGUUUAAUAUUGGAAAAAAAAACAAAAAAAAAACGCAGUUUUGCAGACACAAAAGAAGAUUUAAAAGGAUCUUGUUGCCUGCAUCGAAUCGAAUCGUCCAUGCCCCGCGUCGGGAUGCAUCACCGCAUCGAUUAUUGUUGACACUACCACAAAUGACUCACUCUUUCUCGUGGUUGACGUCUCGCAGGCGGCGUCCGCUCAGAUCUCGGCAAGCCUCGCGAUUGGUCGUCUUCUCGAUCUGAGCGCCGAGCGCUCGCAGCAUGGAGCCAAAGCCUGAAAAAAAAAAAAAAAAAUGGCGGGUGGGUGGUUUGGCUCAGCCGGCACGACUGACUCGUGACUCACCUCCUUUGCCACCCAGGAGACGGGGCGCCAAGUUAUAAACGGCGCCGGCCCGGAGGGGCUCAUCCGGGCGGGAAGCGCAGACAUAGAAAUCUUGGGGAGAUACACCCUGAGAGUGGGGGAAAAAUAGCCAUUUUAGUGAUUCCAUCUUAACCCUUUCUUGGUCAAUGAAUCAUCAAAAAACAUUGGGAAAAUACGUAUGUACACUAGGGCUGCAGCUAUCGAAUAUUUUAGUAAUCGAGUAAUCGACUGAAAAUUCUAUCGAGUGAUCGGAUAAAACAUUUUUAGGUGAAGAGCAAUUAUGAAUAUACAUGAGAAAACAAGACAUUUCAUCUAAUCUUGAACCGUUUUCAGUCAAUCAAUGUCUUUAUUUUUGAUGUACAUUGUUGAAAACAGCCAACAAUUGCAUCUCAGAUGUAACUAGAAAAAAAAAAAAAAAAAGACUAAU